GGGAAGCGCUGGUAUACUUCCGGGUGUCAUACCCCUCGAAAACGCUCAUCCAUUUUAUUAUCGUUAUUCUAAAAUCGUCAGUGAAUAUGUCGCUGUUGAAACCCUACAGCAAACUACCUGCACUCAAUUCAGCCACCAUCUUGCUGGUGGAAAAUGAGGAGCAUUUUCAGCAGAAAUUGGCGAAUAGUCUGGUGGAGGAGAGUGCCAUCACAGUGAAUGUGAGACUAGCUAAGAGUCUACCUCUGCCAAUGGAGAACGAGGAGAGUCGCCCGCGGAUUGACCUCGUUGUGUUCAUCAUCAACCUCACAUCAGAGUUAAGCAUUCGUUCAGCAGAAUCUUCCCUCAAGUAUUUGGAUGCGGGAUACUUCCUUGGAAAAGUGUGUUUCAUGGUCACAGGCGCUCGCAGUGUUUCAGUUCCUCCAGAUCGCCUGGUCGCCGUCAGGAAACUGGCUGCAUCGCACCACAGUGCUCUACUUUUUGCAGAGGAUCAGACAUCCGACGGUGUCACCAAUGCGGCAGCGAGGCUCUUGACCAUCCUGAAGGUGGCUGCGGGCUUGGUUCCCAUGACGACUGCUCUUUACCUGUCCAACCUGACUCAGUGCUCCAUGCCAUCAGACAGCAACAUUCCCAGCUACGACUAGUUCCUGCAACACUUGCAUCAUCACUGACUCUCAUGUUUAUAUAUUUAUUUAAAGUGUCAUGUACAUACUACUCUGUAUUUCUGCGUAUUAUUUGGGUGUAAUUGUACUUAAGUAAAUUCAUUUAGAGUUUG